CACAAAGUAGGAAGAAAACUAGAUCGUGGCGGGGGGGAGAAUCAUUGCGAUUGCGGCCACUUUAUCACGUUGGUAGGUGGAUAAGUCUAGAAACUACACAAGAAGGCGACUGCACACAUACUGAGCAAGCCUUCCUCCACGAUGGCUGCAGUGGCGGGCUCAAAGUCUACCUUGGGGAUGUUGUUUCCCGCGUGGGCCGCUUUGCUCUUCCAUGGGAGCGUCUACACGGCAGGCACACCGGAUGACAACAUGUUCUGCAAUUUGGGCUUCUGCAUCAGUCUCGGAAAAAUGUUGAUCGUGUCUGAGGAGGGACUCUGCGCCUACAUCCCCUGCUCCUUUUCCGCUCCCCACUUCACACCUCAGAGCAUCGUGUGGUUCAAGUGCUCCCAAAGCAAAGGAGGAUGUGGCGACACAGAGAUCAUCUUCCACUCCAAGAACAGAUCCAAAGUCUCAAACGACUUCCGAUAUCGAGUUUGGAUGUCUGAGAUUGACGUGAGUCGCAGGGACUGCAGCAUCAUGAUCAACAACCUCAAGGCCUCAGACUCUGGAGUCUAUCUGCUGCGAGUUAACGGCCUGCUGUCAAACAAGCCGGAUGGAUAUACAUUCAGAAAUACAGUCUGGCUCACUGUAACAGCUCUCAGGCAGAAGCCCGCCCUGCAGAUCCCCACGCUGGUUGCCGGUCAAGCGGCCACGCUUACUUGCGAGGCUCCGGGGAUCUGCUCUGGUUUCAUUCCCGCCAUAAGUUGGAUGUGGAGGUCAACGGAAGAGAACACCUCUCUUGGUGUCGUCCCCAACCUGACGACAUCCAACAGCGAGAUAUUUACAUCCCCGUACGGUAUCAAAUACAGAUCAUCUUUAGUCUUCACCGCUACCGCCGAACACCACGGCCGGGACAUCACAUGCAAAGUCUCCUACUGGAGAAACAAUGUCACCACGGAGACGACAGGCACACUGAACGUAACCUAUGUGAAGCCACUGUACAUCUCGGGCCAGACCACGCUAAAGGCAGGCGACACUCUGAUUCUUUUGUGCACCGUGGACAGUUUCCCGCCCUCUCGUCUCACAUGGAAGGUUCCCGAUUUAAACGCGACAAAGGUGCGACGUGGACUGCAGCCGAGCCCAACCAUCACUAGCGCCUAUCUCGUUAUCCCCAACAUGACGACGGCCCACGCUGGACGCUACGAGUGCACAACAACCCAAAAUACAGCACACGUCGACGUGAUGGUGACAUGGUUUACAGGCAUCCUCAAUGGGUCUGGAUGUUCAAUGCGGGGGCCACUGUUGACCUGCGUAUGCAUCAGCGGCGGCGUCCCGCUACCAGCCAUCUCGUGGCCGUUGCUGGGCAACAGGACAGUUUGUAGUGCUGACACCGCCGUUUACAACCACACGAUAAAUGCCAGUUUUGUGCUACUUGUCGACGAUCUCAACAUCACUGCUGUGGCGUGUGUCAGCGUGCAUAGAAAUGGCGAGGACAGGAAAAUGCUUCAAGUUCAAAAAACAUUAAAAUCGGAAGACCAAGAUGUGAAAAAAAUCAUGAGCAUGCUUCGUCCAGAUGUCUUCAUUGCAUUUUUAAGUGGUGCACUUCUCUCCGCCAUCUUGUGUUGGCUGUCCAAGACCAUCUGCAGAAAAGCAAAGAAAAGCUCUGGGGGUCUAGCUAGGGAGCUGAUGGACCCACAAGAGGAACCACAGGAAUAUGCCCUCAAAGAUUGCGGCGAGGAAGGGUCCAAAGCGGACGUGGAGUACGCCAGCAUCAACUUCUCUGCGUUAAGGAGGAACGACGCCAGGGAGGUGGUGACGAGUCACCAUGGCACAGAGUACGCCGAGAUCAAGACAAAGGGGGAUGGCGAUCGAUUACCAGAGCAGAACGACGAUCAAACAGAGGAAAUUAAGGUUGAAGAUAGGACAGAAUCAGAAGAUGAUAAGAAAGAGGAGGAAGAGGAAGAGGAGGUCGUGUAUUCAAAUGUGAAGGAUGCAAUGAUGUCAUGAAUGGUCACUCUAUGCUUUAAUUUAGAUGUUUUCACCUGUGGUACAGAGCCCCAAAAGAAAUUUAGCAACUAAAAAUGUUUUGACUGACACUAUUGAUGUGUGUAUGUGACGAGAACAUAGUGACAAUCUACUCUUAAAACACAUUUUUAAGGAUGUUAAUAUAUAUAUUAUUUUUGUUAAACCUUAAAAGUUAAAAAAAUUUAAAGUACAGUUUAUGACGACAUUUAUUAUAUGCUGUAUAUCUUUCAGUUGUCAGAGGGCCGUAGAAAAUAGAAAAAUGAGGAAAAGAAUUUAAAAUGCAAAUAAAAGUGGAGUAAUCCCUCUCCACUUCGC